UCCACCACGACAAGAACAAUGGCAUUCAAAUUCAUCUCCUUCGCAGCCCUUUUGGCCGUCGCCAAUGCGGGACUUAUUAACUCUCCGUACGCCGCCCCAUUAGCUUACUCCACGCCACUGGUAGCUAAAGUAGCUGCACCUGUAAUAACUAAAGUAGCUGAGGAAUAUGACCCGAACCCACAGUACUCUUACGGAUACGAAGUUCACGAUGGACUUACAGGCGAUAGCAAGAAUCAGCACGAAACUCGUAACGGAGAUGCCGUUCAAGGUAGCUACUCUCUCGUCGAUGCUGACGGUUUCAAGAGGACUGUAGAAUACACAGCUGACCCAAUCCACGGAUUCAACGCCGUCGUCCAUCGUGAACCUUUGGUAGCUAAAGUAGCUGCCCCAGUAGCUUACGCCGCCCCAGUCGCCAAAGUAGCUUACGCAGCUGCCCCAGUUGCUAAAGUAGCAUACUCAUCACCAUUGGCUUACGCCGCCCCAGCACAAUACUAUCAUCACUAC